GGCUAUAUGGUACCAGCUUGCGUCAUGACUCGUAAUGUCACGCAUCAUGCCUCGUACAAUUCGAAACGAUGGCCGUCAGAAGCUCUGCCGUAUUCUGCGUCGGGAGCAGAAUGAAGAAUAUAAUGAGAACUUGGCAUGUGUCAGGAUGGGCUUGGACAGAUCAGCCGCUCACACAAGUCAGCCCGACCGAAAUGAUUCGAGAGAGUUCCCAAGUCUGAGAAGAUGCUUGUUUAGCCUUACUUGCGUGAAUUCGCAUUUUCAGCGUCUAUCUAUGACGGGGCUUUGUCAAUCAAGAUGCUGAUUCGUCGAGCGACAUUCAUCAGAUGAAUUCCUUACGUUUCUCUAUUAAAGUCGGGCUGACUUGUUCUGCUUGAAUGAAUACUCUGCUUUAGUCAAAAGCAUGGAAUAAGCAGACUAUGCAGGAAUCGCCUUGAUCGAACCUUUCUUCUAGUCGCAGGGAUUUCUACCUGAAUUUGGGGAUUCAAUUCCUCAAUUCAAGACCUCACUCUCAUGCUGCUCGAAAGGAUUUCACUCAAGGUCAUCUGCGUUCAAUCAACACUCAUCAUGAUCUUCACUGGCGGUCUUCCACGACCGGGCAUCCUCAAAAUCAUUUCCAUCGAUACUCUGUACUGUAAACCGCAAACACUGACCAAGCAUCAACAGAACAAAGCUCGGGAACGGAGAGGCUAACUACACUAUGCAAGGUGGAUUGUACUAAAAGAAGAGAGAUGGCAUUGCAGCUGGGGACAAGAUGACGCUUUUUGUUCCAUGUGCUGUAACAGUCGUGGACAGAAUACAAAUAUGAUUUCAAAAAAAGGCUUGACACAUUCUCGUUACUUUCGACGUUGCACAAGAAUGAAUGAAUGAUAUUCAAUGACGCCACGAAAAGGCAAGUGGGGAAAUCAGACAUCAUGAGUAACGCUCCUCUGGGAACAUCCUUGAUUCAGCGUUGGGAGAAUUUGACCUGAUGGAUAGGCUAUUCUUAGGUUAUGUGUUUUGGUGGGGUUCCUUUCUGAAACGGUUCUGGUUUGGUCUUUCCCACUGCUUUUCU